UCUCCUCCGGCACAGUGUGGUAAGAGGAAAAACAGCGUUAAUGGUCGCGAUCAGCGCGUCUUUCAUCCUCUCAAGUGCAUUAGAGGCAGGCACGACGAACGAACACUGGCGAUGAGAGUGGAUCAUGUUCCAUGUUUGGUUUUGACGGAUUUUAAAUAGAGAUGAGGCGAUGAAAUUCCCGACGAGCCUGUCCAUCUUCAUCAAUGUGCCUGAGAUGACAUUGAGGAUACCAUAGCAGGACUGUCAGCUCGGGCCGUCAAUUUGCAGGAAAAUGCAUCUUUGGAUUCCAUGUGUUUUUUUACUAAGUGCAGCCUCCGUGUGCACCGCUGAGAUGUUUGGCAGUUAUGGAGAAAUAUGUCAGAAACAAUGUGCCUGUGAGGAGAGAGAGGGGAUACUUACAGUCAGCUGUGAAAACAGAGGAAUUGUAAGCCUCUCAAACAUUAAGCCAGUGAACUUCCCCCAGUAUCAUCUGCUGCUUACAGGGAAUCUUUUGGAAAAGCUGUCUGCCAAUGACUUUGUUGAUUAUAAAGGACUUACAAUACUACACCUGGGAAAUAAUGACUUAUUGGAGGUUGAAGCGGGAGCUUUUAAUGGACUGCAGGGAUUGAAACGUUUACAUCUCAAUAACAACAAACUCAAUGCCUUGAAGGAAGAGCUUUUCUUUGGUCUUGAAAGUCUGGAGUAUUUGCAAAUUGAUAGUAACUUUAUCACACAUGUGGCGCCAAAUGCCUUCAGCAGGCUUCUAGAUCUGGAAGUCCUGAUUCUAAAUGACAACUUAAUAUCAACUCUGCCUGUGAAUAUUUUCCAGCAUGUUCCAUUGACUCAUUUGGACCUGAGGGGGAAUCAGCUCAAAGUACUGCCCUACUCGGGUCUGCUGGAGCACAUGAACAGUGUAGUGGAGUUACAGCUGGAGGAGAAUCCGUGGAAUUGCUCCUGUGAGCUGAUUGCGCUGAAAACCUGGCUCGAGAGCAUAUCGUACACAGCUUUAGUCGGCGAUGUGGUGUGUGAGUUCCCUUUUCGGCUCCACGGGAGAGAUCUUGAUGAGGUCUCAAAACAGGAGUUGUGCCCGAGGAGGGCCAUUGCUGAAUAUGAGAUGCCACUGCUGCCACAUCUGAGCAGUGAUGCAUACUACAGAACCACGUCCGCUCUACUUACAACCUCCAUGACUUCAUCUGGGAUUGCACGCUCCUCAUCAAGACCCACCAAGGCACCUCGCCAUUCAGGCAAAUUAAAAUCAAGACCCACAGCGCGCGUCCCAUCUAAUAAGCCACAGAAUUAUGGCCAAAUUAUUUCCUAUCAGACAAAGUCCCCUGUGCCUUUAGAUUGCCCGACUGCCUGCACUUGCAAUCUCCAAAUUUCUGACCUUGGCCUGAAUGUGAAUUGCCAGGAGCGAAAGAUUGAGCAUAUAUCUGAUUUGAAUCCCAAACCUUACAAUCCCAAAAAGAUGUAUCUCACAGGGAAUUACAUCCCUGCUGUGCGUCGAUCAGAUUUUACGGAGGCAACUGGAUUAGACUUGCUUCAUCUUGGUAACAAUCGAAUAGUUCGCAUACAUGACAGAGCCUUUGGGGAUUUAACACACCUGAGACGACUUUACCUGAAUGGGAAUUUAAUCGACCGUCUUACGACUGAUAUGUUUUAUGGUCUGCAAAGCCUGCAGUUCUUAUAUUUAGAAUACAAUGUCAUUAAAGAGGUUGUGUCCGACACCUUUCAGCAUGUACCCAAACUUCAGCUUCUUUUUCUGAACAAUAACCUUUUGAAAACUCUACCCGUGGGAACAUUGAAUGGCCUGACGUUAGCCAGACUAAAUCUCCGCAACAACCACCUGCGAUACCUGCCAGUCAGUGGCGUACUAGAUCAGCUUACAGCACUGGUGCAAGUCGACUUGUUCGAGAAUCCGUGGGAUUGUUCGUGCAGCAUACUGGAGUUAAAGAUGUGGCUGGAGCAGCUGAGCACUGGCACAGUUGUAAACAAUGUCAUCUGUGGUUCGCCUAAGAGGCUCGCCGGGGAGGAUAUGAGAUACAUUAGGGCGGCUAAUUUCUGCCCUAAUAACUCUGAUAUACUUGCCUCCAUGAUCCCACCCUCGGAAGAAUCUUUCCCCGGCAGCACUAUCACCAUAGAAACAUCCUUGGACUCGGACAGACAAUACAGUGCCAUUCCUUUAUCUGUAAUGAUUCUUGCCCUUCUCCUCAUGUUCAUUGUGUCUGUGUUCGUGGCUGCAGGAUUGUUCGUGACAAUGAAAAAGAGACACCAAAAGAGUCAAAAUGAGCAGAAUAACUCCAUGAACGCUUGCAUUAGCUCUCUCAACAUGGAAUAUGGCCUUUACAAAAAGGGAUCCAUUCCCAAAGUGCGGACUUCUGGUGGACAUGUAUAUGAGUACAUCCCACCUCCCACAGAAUCCACAGGCAGAGGUGCUGUUCACACGACGACAGACAGCAAAUCAGUGGACGGAUUUCGAGACUUCGAUGAGUUGAGUGGUGUUUUUCUGGGUAACUCAGAUGAAGAGGUGGUCAGUAAUAUAAUAAGCUCAGAAUACAGUGCCACCACUCCCGAGCCUCUUAAUAAGCCCUCCAGCCCUCACAGUGAUGAUCAAUGUUACUACAGAGAUGUGCUGGAGCCGGACAAGCAUGUGCGCUACAGCAAUACACUACCAUGCAGGCACACGGUGCAUUCAUCCAGUCCGUAUACCUCAGACUUCGAUGCAAAGCAUCAGUAUGUGCAGCCGGAGAGAAUGCAACAGACGAUACUUUAUUGUGCAGCACCAAGUGCUGUUUAUGUGGAGCCCAACAGAAGCGAGUACUGGGAACUUAAAGCAAAGCUUCAUAUUGAUCCUGAUUACCUUGAGGUUCUAGAAAAACGAACCACAUUUACACAGUUCUAAGAGACUCGGCAUGUACAGGACAGGCAUGGUGGAAGCAUCGGUGUGUCCGCUUUAAUCAGGAAUCAGCCCGUGUGAAAAUCAUUUUUCUCACCUUUAUUAAUACAGUGUGAUGUGCAUUGUGAUAAACAAUAUGCAUUUGCGAGAAUUGUGCUUCACAGAAGUGAAUAUUAAAAGGGGAACACCACUCAUUUUCAUUAUCAUACCUUACACCUGAGGUGUAAACAGUUUGGUGAAGAUUCAUAAACAAAGAACGGUGUAUUCAACGCUUUUAUGACUCAUAAAAACAGAUAUGUUUGUUUCCUAAAGCACACCCGUGUUUCUUUUAUAGACAUAUGACUCCCAGUUGUGUCUCUUCAAAUUUAUGCAAGAUAAAAACUAAUGCACAGCACUGAAUCAAAUUUAUUCUGCAAGUAAAAUGAUCAGUGACCUGAGUGCAGGUGUAGACAGUCGUACAGCCUACAUAUCUGUUAAGAUAUAUUGUGCUCUGGGGAAAUAUGGAGUCAUUUAUACAUUUAUUAAUGCAGGGUGCACAGCUUCAGGAUGAUAAUAUUAAAACCGUUAGAACAUACAUGAAAUAUUAUCCUGGAAUAUCUCAAAACGCAGUGUGUGAGGCCACAAUCCAGAGCACACUGCAUAUACAAACAGGGUUUGUGAAAGUCUGUGGUGUUCCUCGAAAGUCUCACCAUCUCCAGACCAACUGCACUUUUGGAUUCUGGUCACAUGUUGCACUUAUGUAGAGUUGGAUAUCAGUAUUGUGACGAUACUAAGAAAUGUUGUCACUGAAAGAUUCGAACUGCAUUGUAACAUGAAAGACUAUCAGCUUUAUAUGUCAUACAGUAUGUCACAAAUGUGUACUAAAUGCAUUUUCUGGGAUUUUUAGGGGAACAUUUGGCUUAAAACACACUUGAUGUUGACAUUCAUCAUGGAUGAACAACAACGAGUGUCUUCAUCUGUACCACUACCAAAGCACUUCAGACACAGGCUUAUAAUAUAUGCAAAUUUUGACGCCCAGAAGGUACAUGAAAACACAAUCCUGUGUUAUAUUGCACCCUUAAAGCUUCUUCUUUUUAUGAUGUCUGAAAAUAUCCCAAAUGUUUUCCAGUUGCAUUAUGUCUUAGUGGAUUGACAAUACAAUAACAGUCAAAUAGCCAUUUUCCUAUACGUUUGAAUUUCAGCUUAAAAUGUUAAAAAAUUGAAUAUGGGCCUCAGGGCCAUAAACUCGCAGUAUUUUAAAUGACUACAUAUUUUUAUACAGACUUUUUUUGGGGAGCUUUUGUCAUUUUUCUUUUCGAAAGAAAAUGCACUAUCGACUUAUACAGGUCAACGAUGAUGUCACUUAAAUGCACUGUAUGGUAACACGUGCAUAUAGCCAUAGGAGUAUAGGCUUGAUAACUGCAUACAUCCAAGUAACACAUGUUUGAAAUCAUUUCUUGAGAUUUAGUUUCAAAGAUAUCAAAUUUCAAAGGAAAACGUGUUACCAUGCAUAGAUUAUUUAUACUUAGACAAUCUGUACAAAAUGCCCCAAAAAAAACAUCAUUUUUGUACAACCUUACAUGAUUUUAAUGACAUGUGUUACCAUGGAAAUUCUGAGUACAUCUGUACGUUCAGGGCGACAAUGGGAAACGCUGCAACAUUUAAUGGCAUUGUUUGGGGGGGUUUUGUGUGUAGGCUCAAAGGAAACCUGACAAUUUUUCUUUUAAGUCUCCUUUCUCUCCUUUCAUGGAGGGAUUGGUGGGCACUUAAACACAUGUGUGAAAGGGAGCAAGAGCUUUAGCUGUUAGAUUGAAAUGCACUGCAAAUGAAAGCGGGAGCUGAAUGAUAGUCAUCUUUAUGCAUGAAAAUGCUUUAUGCUCCGAAAGAAAGUGAGCACAUCAUUCAGUCAGAAUGCGGCGUUACCAUUUUCUGGGUCGAGUAUUGUAAGCCAAGAAAUGUGACUUAUAAAAUCAAAUCGUGAGUUUAAUACACAGAAUAAAUUCACAUUAUUCGCAGUAGUUUGCACCAAACCUGUCAUCUUAACUCAGCUAAUUAGAGAACAUGGUGUAUCUGGAUCCUGUCAGCAUGUCUCAUCAUAUUACUCUGCCGCGUUAGUCAUGGUGUUUAUCGAGGAUAUGGUCUUGGUUUCUUUGGCCUUUCACGUUUUAGCGUCAUUUUGUGAUUCUUUUGUCACUUCUCUGUCUUUGCUCUUUGAACAAAAGGAAUGAAAUCUACACAGUGAUGCAUGAUGUAAACCUGCACAUGUUUGUACACUAAAAUGUGUUAAGUGUAGGACUGUUUUGUAUCAGUAUGUUGCUGUGACGUGUGUGGUGAAAGCACUGUUAACCUGCAAACACACACAGACAGACAGAUACUCAAUGUUUUUUUUACCAUACAGAGUCAAUUUAGCAGUUUUAGCAUCCAAAACUUUUUUUUUUUUUAUAAACUAUCUGGUACACAAAUUAACACAGGGUUUGCCAUUCUAUUCAGUGUCCAACUCAGAUUCAAUUUUAACAUAUUCUUUGUAAGAUUCUUUUAAAUGUUACUGUGCAAUGGACAAAGUAUUUACUGUGUACAGAAGCAAUUUAUAAUAAUAUCCUUUCUCUUUCCUCUUUUUGUUAUUGAUCAUCAAAAUAUUGUUUUCUUAUGUGUAUACAGUAUGUGUGUGAAUACUGAUAAUCCAAAAACAAUUGAAAUGUGAUUGCCCUUGGGCAUAUGUAUUGUACAUGAGCAAAUAUUUUAUUUGCAAAGACGACGAUGUCUUUCGAUGUUAUUCUCCUACUCCAAGUAUUAUGUUUGCUUUUGUCACUUGAUUUUCAUAUGAAGCAGUGGUUUUCUAUGUCGGUCUCUAAUUUGUAAAAAGAACACUACAUCAGCAUUUUCAUGCAAAACUACGUUAGCUCUAAAAAUGCAAAACAAAACGUAUCUUUUGCCUAUAUUGCAAAAACACAGUCCAACAACGGUGUGCUGUUUAUUUAGUUGUCAGCUGAUGAUUAAAAGAUAUGCAUUCAUUUGAUUAUACCUUUGCUUCUGUGCUCUCUUCACCCUCAUGGUAGCACACAGUACAUGCCAUGGUGCACAUGGAGGGCAGCUAUUAAAAUGCCACCCAAAACCCCAACGUUAUUGAAAUGACAAUAUCCAAAUGAAUAAAUUAAAAUAAUGAAAAUAAUAAAUUACAAGAGGGGCUACAUUAUAUAACAAAUAGGUGUAGGUUUGUACACCCAGAUAACUCAGUUUUACUUAUUAUAACCCUUAAAAAAAUGUCAAACACGUUGAAUUAUCAGUUCUCCCUUGUAUAAAUUAAAAACAAAAAUAAUCUACAAAGCAUUCAAACGGCUACACAGAUAGUGGCAGAACACGCUGACAUGUGCACAUACCAAAUUUAAUUCUCUUGUGCAAGAUUAAAUCCAUAAUAUUUAAAUCUUAAAUUUCCUCAAAGCAACAGAGGGAUAGAUUCCUUAGUAUGUGUGAGGCUGGAAUAAAACUGUUUGAAAUUGCCUUGUGCGUAUAUAUGAACACAUCGGCAUGCAUAUCAGUGCAUGCAGACACAGAGAAAACAUAUACGUUUCAGGAGACCCAGUAUCCAUGGAAACAUCCAAUUACCUGACACAGAAAAACAAUAGUAGAGCAAGAGGCACACAAAGUAAUCCAAUCUAUAACUCUUUUUUUAUCCGACUUUUUGACAUACUGUACAAGAUUACAAGACGCGCUGUUUUCUAAAUUGUACACUUUGCAUAUAAAACGCCUACAUCGAUGAAUUUGGUGGAUUGCAUUAUGGUGAACAUCGGAUCCAUUCAACAUCAAAGUGUCAAUUCUCAUCAGAUAUCCAAGCCAAGUGGAUGAUAUCUGACUCUGAUUGACAGUUUUAUGUAGCUUCUUGGAAACUCCGGCUUUUCUGGGGAGAGGGUGAAUUAGGGCAGAUCUGCAUUAUGUAAGCUUGAAGAGAUGUGUCAGGCAGUGUGGAGAGAGCAUGUGACAGUAAGCAGUCACUCAAAAGAAAAACAAACCUAUGCUACCGGCUGACAUUAGGAAAUCAAACACUACAGAAACACAACAGAAAAACCCCUGAGUCGGACCUCAAUGAAGAGCCUCCAUUUCCAUUCCCUUUGCAGUGGAGAGCAAAAUAGAAUCUAACAUCUGGCGACGUAUGUAUUUUCCAGUUUCCAGUUGUUAGUCUCAGACCAUGUUCCUGUCCCUGAAGCUGUUUCACUCCUCUGUUUCACAUUGCAUCAAUUCUCUCUCUCUCUAUCUUUCCUCCCCCCCCCAUGUCUGAAUGUGUCUGUGUGCAUAAAUAAUUGACUCACAGUAUAUUCAUUCUUGCCUCAAGGACUUCACUCGACCAACGUGGCAAUAACUUUGCAUUCAUUUCAUCUUUAAACAUUUUUUUAUGUGUGUGUCAAAAAAAAAAAACCCUCCACAAAGCUCACAACUUUGAACAUAAACUGCUGUUCAACUUAUGUCUGGUGUGGUCGUGAAUAAUGCAUGUCACAGAUUUGACUGGCUUGAACAGAAAUUACACACCGCUGCGAUGGAGUGUUGUUUACAGUGAUGGAGAGGAUUAUUUGGACUUGGGUUGUGCUUUACUUUGCCAGGACAUUUGCAACAACUGGAAACAGUGAGUGUGAGACACACUUAUAUUAAUAUUUAUGAGGGCUUAUCCAGGCUUAUGACUGCGAGAAGUGACAAAAUCCUUCUUCAUCCUUCCAUUUAUAGAGCUCCACGCCAAACAUGAGAAUGGCAGUUCACACUGAGCAAAGAUAAAAGCUUUGGUAAAAAUAAAUAUAAUGUGAAUAGAGUGUGUUGCUCUGUUCAAUAAUGGUUA